AUGGCAAUCCGCCGCUACACCGCCGAGCAGCUCUACAUCCUGCGAGAAUCACCCCUAUGCCAACGACCAGACAACCUCCAGCCCAUCGAGUCGUAUUUAGAGUAUGUGUACGUGGAGAUUGAGGGUGUGCGCGAGAAGCUAAGGAUACACCACAGUGAGGGCUCGCCGCAAGCGACCCGCAAAGAAGACAAUGCGCAGAAGCAGAGGUUGCCCAAGCUGCCUGCUGCUGCACUGGCGGCUGGACAGGGGAGUAGUCCUAUGGGAGCAUUCUCGACUGGGCGGCCAACUUUGCCUACAAGAGGCAGUGCGUUGAGAACGAAUGGUGAAGAUGUCUCUCUUGGUCCGCCUAGAACUAUGUUCCCCAGCAGCAGGAACGUGCCGAAGCUGGCCGAUGUGCAGGGCAAGGCGCACGACGAUUCGACUCCUACGGACGAGAGCGAGAGUGCCCGAAGCCGCUUCUUUUCCGACCGUCAGCUUAACAGGCGCAGCAUGAACGAGAAGGACGCCGGCGCUGAGAACAACAAUGCUCGAGAUUGGGCGAAUGUCCGUGAACGAAGAGGCCAGCGCGACGGUGGCAGCAGAGAAGAGAAAGAUGAUGGAGAGCGACGGAAUGGGUAUGGAAACCGACAAGAUCCUCGAUGGGGCGGUCAACGAGACGACAAGCAGAACGGCGAGCGACGAGGUGGCUGGCGUGAGCGAGAAGCGCGGCGUGAUAGAGAUCAGGAUCGACAUGAAAAGGAGCCAGAAUGGAUGGACGAGCCGGUCGUCAAGCAAGAGAAAGAGCUUGGUCUGGGCAUGGCGCGUACACAAGACGAGUUCCAGAAGUGGAAGGAAAGCAUGAGCAAGAAGAGCAAGGGCGAGCCAGAGAGAGAGGAGAACGUUGAGGCGACACGGAUACCUGAGCCAGCGCCAGAACCAAAGCCUGCUGUUGCGCCAUUGAAGCUGGGAGCCAUCGACUCCAGUUUGUUUGGUAGUUGGGAGAAUGCGAGCUCAACACCACAGAGCGCGACAACGCCAUCGGCUGGCACAGGGAGUAUCAGGGCAGCGAGAGCAAAGGGAGGAAAGACCAGUCGCUUCGCGUCAAUGUUCAAGCCAGUCGAACCCGAGCCGGCUCCUGCGCCCCCACUACCACCACCGAUGCCAGCGGAUGAGUCCACGAAUGGAAACAGCAAGACGUCGGCAGAGGAUCACGAAGGCUUCAAUCGAGUGCUUGCCAUGCUUGAGUCUGCCAAGAUAUCCCAGCCCACACCACCUGCGGCAGCAGCAGUCCCACCUCCACCGCCGGCGGCUGAGCAAAUGCCAGCGUCCCCUCCACCUGUCAUCAAGCCUGCUGGCGCGAACGGCACGAUCAAGAAGAGUCGGUUCACGGACAUGUUCUCGCAGAAGAGUCCCGAGAGACUGCAAUCGCCUCAGCAGGGCGGUGUGCAGCUUGGAGACAGUUUGUUCGGAAGCGAUGGACCGCACCGACAACAGCAAGAGCAGGCAAUACCACGAACGCAAGAACAGGCUUCGACCAUGUCGCCAGCGCCGAAUGGCAUACCCUUCAAUGCCCUGCGCGAGCAACAACCUCGUCCUUCUUCGAGUCGUAAUCAGAAGGAUAUGUUCGAUCCGCCGUCCCGAGGUGCGGCGUCACCAGACGUCAACAUCCAGAAUCUACUGGCACAACGGCAGCGCCCACAGCUGCAGAGCAAUGACAGCCAGAAGCUUCUGAACCUCCUUAAGAAGGACACAUCUGGGUCAAGACCACAGUCGCAACAGGCGCUGCCGAUGCAUGGUGGUAUCGACCAAUUGCAGCUUCAGCAGUGGCUCGCAUCACAGCAACCCUCGCCUAUGCCUCAAGAGCCACAAGCCCCGAAGCCAAGAGGACCACCGCAGCCGCCUGGGCACUUCGAGGAGCAGCUUAUGCGGAACUAUCAGCAAGAGCAGCCGCAGCAGAUGUACGCGCAGGAGACUGUGCGUCGCAGUCAACAGCGUGCCCCACCGGGUUUCGGUGUGCAUGAUGAGCAUGCCAUCUUCUUGCAGCAGCAACAGCAGCAGCAGCAACUCCGUCGUCAGCAGCAGUUCUCUGAACCACCGCCGCCGGUGCCGCAACAGCAAAUACCAGGUCCUGGCCGCAGGAUGAGUGGACACCCGAACCUGCCACCAAUGCAGAUUCCACAACAGCAGUUCCCUCCUGACCUCCACCAAUUGUCUUCUCCUACCGGUGCGCCGCCUCCUCCUGGAUUUGGUUUCCCUCACAACGUCAACAUCUUCCAAGGUGCGCAGCAACAACAACGUGGACCUCCACCGCCUGGGUUUGCCGGGAAUGCGCCUCCUGGGUUUUAUGGAGCUCCACAAGGUAUGCCACCUGGUUUCCAGCAAGUCCGCUCGCCAAUCGACGGCAUGCCGCCUAACAUGCGCUUCAACCAGAACGGUAUGGGUGGAAGGCCGAUCUAG